AUGGCAUUACUUUCCCCACAAAUACCAAAGACCGUCGAUGCAUUCGUGGAGGAGAUUAAAGAUCUAAUCAGUGGAUUGGAAUAUGAAAUAGAAUACAAAGUGGGAAGUCAAACACGAUUGCUUUCGGAUUUGGGUGUCCUAGUUAAUUCAGACUACUAUAAAUAUGUAAUGGAUAAAGACACACGUGCUAGAUAUGGUGAUACGGUCCCAGGCUCCCCCGAUGGGGGAUUGUUGGGGAAACCAGUCAAGGAGUCGACGACAAUAACGCACACGAGGGAAUGUACACUGCAAUCUAUAAACGUUACGUGGAUUCAAGAAAAUAAUAUAAUAAAUAUACUUUCCCUGGAAGUGUUGAUCAAAUGUGGAUCUAUUCUCGUUAAACAUCCAAAACUACAUAUCGAAGGACAUCCUGCCCCAGAUCAAUCUUAUCAUUGCAAACGUUGCGAUUUUCAAUUUACACCAUGCGAUGAAGACGGGUGCGACGAAAUCAUGUGGGAUACUUGGUACAGUCAUGAUUGGCUCAGUCAUGGGCAAUACCACUACCCUGCAUGGGGAACAAUCGUUUGUAAAAAGCAUUUCGAAAACGAGAUGAAGGAAUAUCACGAUGCACCAGAUUUCUAUCAACCUGAUUGCCCAAUGGAAGACGAAGAUUGUGAAUAUUGUAUCGAAUGGUUAGAAAAGAAUAAAUUAGAAUAA